GCCGCGCCGCCACGCGCUCAGACGCAGGGUGCUGCCCGCCCGCAGGGCUGAGCGCGGGCGGAGCUCCCGUCCCGCGGUGCCGGUCGUAGCCCAGCGGCUGCCGGCAUGGCCACCGCGGCGGCGGCGGCGGCGGCGGCAGGGAUGGCCCACGGGGCCCGGGCGAGGACGGCGGCAGCAGCCCUGCGGAGCGUUUGCGGGACGGCGGCCCGGGGGCGGCUGCGCGCGGGCCACUCACGGCCCUUGUGCACGGCCCCUGGAACCGCUCCCGACAUGAAGCGCUACCUGUGGGAGCGCUACCGGGAGGCGAAGAGGAGCACGGAGGAAUUGGUGCCUUCAAUCAUGAGCAAUUUGCUGAAUCCGGAUGCCAUUUUCUCAAACAAUGAGAUGAGCCUGUCGGACAUUGAGAUCUAUGGCUUUGAUUAUGACUACACCUUGGUGUUUUAUUCAAAGCACCUCCACACGCUGAUAUUCAACGCUGCUCGGGACCUUCUCAUCAAUGAACACCGGUAUCCCGCGGAAAUCAGGAAGUAUGAAUACGACCCAAAUUUUGCAAUUCGUGGACUUCAUUAUGAUGUGCAGCGGGCAGUCUUGAUGAAGAUUGAUGCUUUUCAUUACAUCCAGCUGGGGACUGUCUACAGAGGCCUCAGUGUGGUCCCUGAUGAAGAAGUCAUUGAAAUGUACGAGGGGUCCCACGUGCCUCUGGAACAGAUGAGCGACUUUUACGGCAAGAGCUCCCACGGGAACACCAUGAAGCAGUUCAUGGACAUCUUCUCCCUGCCCGAGAUGAGCCUGCUGUCCUGCGUGAACGAAUACUUUCUGAAGAACAACAUUGACUAUGAGCCUGUCCACCUGUACAAAGACGUCAAGGAUGCAAUUCGAGAUGUGCACAUCAAAGGAAUCAUGUACCGAGCCGUCGAAGCAGACAUUGAUAAGUACAUCUGCUACGCCGAGCAGACCCGCGCGGUGCUGGCCAAACUGGCUGACCACGGCAAGAAGAUGUUCCUCAUCACCAACAGCCCCAGCAGCUUUGUGGACAAAGGGAUGAGCUAUAUCGUUGGAAAGGACUGGCGGGACCUGUUUGACGUGGUCAUCGUGCAGGCCGAGAAGCCGAGCUUCUUUAACGAUAAGCGGAGACCUUUCCGAAAGGUGAAUGAGAAAGGUGUCUUACUCUGGGAUAAAAUCUACAAGUUGCAGAAGGGCCAGAUUUACAAGCAGGGCAAUUUAUAUGAAUUUUUGAAGCUUACUGGAUGGAGAGGAUCCAAAGUGUUAUAUUUUGGUGACCAUAUAUACAGUGACCUGGCGGACUUGACCCUGAAGCAUGGCUGGCGGACUGGUGCCAUCAUCCCAGAGUUACGGUCUGAGCUCAGAAUCAUGAACACGGAACAGUACAUCCAGACCAUGACCUGGCUGCAGACGCUGACCGGGUUACUGGAGCGAAUGCAGGUGCACAGAGAUGCGGAGUCCCAGCUGGUUUUGCAGGAGUGGAAAAGGGAGAGGAAGGAGAUGAGAGAAAUGAACAAAAGUUUCUUCAACGCCCACUUUGGAAGCUUGUUCCGCACAGACCAGAACCCCACCUACUUCCUGAGGCGCCUGUCGCGGUUUGCCGACAUCUACAUGGCGUCCCUGAGCUGCCUGCUGAACUACGACGUCAGCCACACGUUCUACCCCAGGAGGACUCCGCUGCAGCACGAGCUUCCCGCCUGGGCGAACGGGCCCCCCACCUGCAGGCUGCCCCUCCUGCAGGCGGCCCAGGCCAAGUAGCCGUGCCCUCCUGUGGACAAGGCCAGAAACAGCCCCGGCCCCGACCCGGGGGACACCACGGGCUGGCCUUGUGUGGAUAGGAGUGUUGCUUUUGGAAAAGACACAGAAUCGCCUCUUGAUAUAAUUUAUUUCGGACCUUCUGGAGGAUGCUCCCCAGGUGGUUGAGACGGAAGCCAGUGCGUACCGGUCCCGCCUUCCUGCUCUCCUCGGGCUGAGUGGCAGGCUUCACGGGAACUGAUCAGUCCUCUCGUUGACCGAGGUGCUGCUACUGGUGUCGGCUUUCCUGGGCCCGGGGAGACUUCCUGAUGCUGCCUCCGUAUUCCAGCAGCGGAAACUCCUGCCUCCUCCCUGGGAAACAGGGAGCGUUCAUGGUGCAUCGGAAUGAAGGGCGCCGUGGUGUGCAGCGACACUGCUCCCAGAAAGCGGACGGUGCAGUGAGCUCUGUAGCAGCAUAACACGCAGUGAGCGGCGGAGAUGACCCCCAAACAGCGGGACCCCCCAGCCGUUUGGUCCCAGGGCUUGGGCGUUCCGGUGCAUCAGUGGGAAGAAAAGAGAAAGAGCAAGGGAAGGUCCCAGUCCUUCGCCCUGGAUGGUCCUCAGUCUCGCUUCCUGUGCCCCACCCCAUCCUGGGGAAGGACGGGCGCCACAGGUGAUGGGGGGGCUCGCUCCUUUCCCCGGAGAAGGAGAGAGGGCGCCUGGUCACAUGUCCAGCUGGCAGAACAGCCUGUGGGAUAAGGCUGUGAGCAACAAGCGCUCAGAGCCAACGCUUGGGGGUGGGUCCCCUGAAAAUGCCACCCGACUGUUGGUUUGAUGUGCUCAUUGGAGGACAGAAAAACAAAACAAAAAAAACAAAGUCCUUGCAGUGAAAUGCCGUUCCCCUCCCUGGGUUGUGUGGCUAAAAUGUAGGCAUUAUCAGAAGCCAUCCCUUCCUGGAGGCAACAGACAGGCUGCCUCCCCCCGGAUUAUCGGGGAAGUGGGAGCGGUGGCCUCACCGCCUGGCUGGCUCCACCCUCUGCUCCCCUUAGCUUUCUUCCUUUCCUGCCGCACGCGUGCGUGCGUGUGUUUGUUUGUGUGUGUAUGUGUGUGUGUGUGUGUGUGUGUGUGCUAUUGUGGGACUUGGGGGGGGGGCGUUCUUUAGGCGCCUGUAUUUAAGGUGGGAGAGCAUAAAGGGCAUUGAAACUAAGAGAAAGGGGGUUGGAAAUGACUUAGGUAACUGAGUAUUUCUCACGUCUUUCUAAGGACAAUGCACGUGACAGACGUUUUAAACUUGAUGCCUGGCAGGUGCAGGGAGGGGCUUGCGGAGAGUGUUGCUAACUGAGCAUUUUUAUGGCAAUGAGUGGCUUGGCAUGCCACAGCUCCCUGCCAGAAUGCAGGGAGUGAAGGCGCUCUGGAGUGUGCUUGGCAAUGCUGCUUGCGAUUUUCCUGGGCAUUUCCGUGUAUUUAUGAUAGCGACGGUGACCCUGUAGACCCAGGAGGCCUGUCAGUUAAGGCCCCUUUUUUCCGGUUAGAUUUUAUCAUAAACACAGUGGUCUCUUUCUUUUGGGGGGUGGGGUAGGCCUUUUGUUUACUGUUUGUUAGCUCCCAGGUGCUUUUAGCAUCAGAGUUGACUGGCAUUUGGGGGUGCAGGUGGAGGCCCGGAGCUGCUCGUGUGGGGGCCUCGAAGGGCAUGCUGGUGCUUUCGGCUUCACUUCGGGGAAGCCGGGUGAGGAAGUAGUUAUUACUGUUUUUAAAAAUCUCUUAGUGUUUAUCCAAUCAGGUGUUCAUUGGAUGUCUCCUAGUGCCAGUCACAGGGUGUUUGUUUACUCAAGAAUGAAGUAGACUUGUUUUAAAUCCUGCUUUCAUGGAUGUCUAGGUUGGGUGAGCCGAGCCUCAGGGGAGACACACAUUUUCUGGGUAUGAAUUAUGAGUGUCACAAUUGAUUACCAAUUAAGGUUUCGGUCUGUGGGGCAUCAAACAUGGCCGUGCUGAGAUCUGCCACGUGGCGGAGGCCUGGCAUCUGUCUCAGCAGGGCCCCCGAGCAUGUGCCUGGCAGACCUGGGCACUCCCAGGCCAGCAGCAGGGGUAGGCCAGCCGUCGCCACGUGAAGGACCGGGGCAGCCUCCUGGUCUGCGCUCAGCUGUUGUCAUGACGCAGCCGGGCCUGGGCACACCGCACGGGGUUCUGUCCUUUCCAUUUUGUUCUCUGGGGCUCACACUGGUGAAAGCCUGUUGGUCCAAGGGAAGUGAGUCUGCUUUCCACCCUUCAAAAGUAGCAAUUUGGAAAGCGAACAGAAUAAAAUUAGCUUGCACCUUUAAACAAUAUUCUCACGUGCAGCAUGGGUUAGACUGAUUUUCUAAGAAUGAUGUGCACAAAAGUCAUAGUCCAGGGGCAGCCCAUGCCAGCUGAACGCGGGCGCAUGGAACCGCAGCAGGUCGCCCUGGCGGGGCCCUGGCGGGGACCUGCAGUUGCUUUUCCAGAGUUGCUUCUAUAAGGAAACCAAGCUUUUAAAGUAUUUUAGGAGUUUGGCUCAGAGCUCCCACUUUCCUCCUAACAUAGUGUGUCUGUCUGUCUGUCUGUCUGUCUGUCUGUCUCUCUCUCUCUCUCAUGCUCUUCAGCUUCAUCUCCUGCGGUGGCCAUUAGUGCUGGGAACAUAAACCACCUGUUACUGACUCGGGCUGUCUCUGAGUAAAUUACUAGUUUUUGCUUUGACUGCAUCGGCCCUCUUCCUUAUUGCGGAGGAGAAAUGGAAAGUAAUCUUUCCUCCUCCUAAUUUAGCUUUGGAUGAACUAAAUGGCUUUUCCUCUCUCUUCCUCCCCAAAGGCCCUUGACAGUCGAGAGCCGUGCUCAGUAUCGCAUUGAGCUCCACUGUGCCCAGCGCUCCUUUGCUGCGAAAGACCCACUGGGGGGCCCUCGUCUAGAAUGCUCUGAGGCUGGCCAGAGGCAGCGGCCCUUGAUUGCCCUAUUCACCUACUGGGGAGCCUGUGUUUUGCCCUCUUACCAGUUUCCUUGUGUCCUGAUUUCCUUCUUUUCUCCUUUAUUUUCCUUAGCGUUUGGGAGCCUAGCUCCAAGGCCAGCUAACCUCUAACACCCUAGUGCAGUGGUCGGCAAACCGCGGCCCCUUGAGUGCGGCUCUUCCACAAAAUACCACAUGCGGGCGCGCACGUACAGUGCGAUUGAAACUUCGUGGCCACACUCAAGGGGCCAAAGAGCCGCAUGUGGCUCGAGAGCCGCAGUUUGCUGACCACUGCCCUAGGGCAGUGGUUCUCAACCUUGGCUGCACAUUAGAAUCACCUGGGAAUCUUUUUAAAAUCCUGAUGUCUGGGCCUUGUCCUCCGGAAAUUCUGUUUCUUUGUUACUAAUGUUGUGGCCCCACCCCAUAACAAAGAAACAGAAUUUCCGGAGGACGAGGCCCAGACAUCAGGAUUUUAAAAAGAUUCCCAGGUGAUUCUAUGUGCAGCCGAGGUUGAGAACCACUGCCCUAGUGGGUUAAGGGAAGGAAAGGGAGUGAAGGUUCGUUGAUGCGGGUCAGCUUUGCGGGCCAUUUCUGUUGCCGUUACUCCAGGAAUGGACACAGCUCUGUCCUAUUACAACGUGGCUUAUAAAAUCAGCUGCCGGCUGCCUUGGCCCUCGGGCCGUAGUUCCCAAGCCCUGCUCCAACUCGGAAAGCGUGCAGACGAACAGCCCGGUAGUGGAACAGGCAGCAGGGACGUGCGCCCCGUUCCCCUAGGAGCUGGCGAGGGCAUAUUUACUUCUGUGGCCAGUGGUGACAUACCGUGUUCCCAGCACUCGGCCUCGUGGUGUGUAACAGCUGCCGGUCGGGCACGAGCGCUAGUUGAAUGUACCUCUUCUUGCAGUGGUUUGUGACUGUGCUUGUCUUGGGGGAUGGCAUGGCUUCCCACGUAGCCCUUCAGGACCGAGUCCCCCCACCGCUGGGUGUAAAGCAGCUGUCGGCCCUGCUGAGAAGCCCUGUCUCAGGUGGGCGAGGUCACACCCCUCCUCUGAGCAGCUCCUUCCUUCACCUCCCUCCCCUCCCCGGGGGUGGACCCCAGAGCACACCCUGUAAACUCCCUGCACGUGAAUCUCCGUCUGCUUCCGGGGAGCCCGCCCACAGCAGCCCUCUGCACUCUCCCAGCACUGUGGCUUGCACCUGACGUCGGAAACUGUUUUCUAAUCAUGUAGUAGAAUGACUAAUUGUGCCUGUACGAUAGCAGGCACAGCAAAUGCAAACUAGGUUCACCUACUAUUUAUUCUGAAUGUGUAUUUGCUAUUUAUUCUGAAUGUUGAUUUUAUGUUACCAGAUACUGAAUUUAUUGCCAAAUAAAAAGAAUUGUAUCAUCCA